AAAAUCAAACAGAAGAAGAAGAUGAUGUUCCUGCCUUGGGCCCCUGCUGAGAAACUUCUACAGUGUUUACACUGGCUAAAACUCAAAAAGGACCAGAGCCCAUGUGCCAACACCAUGCCCAUCUCUUCUCUUUGCCUUUCCACUGGCGACCCACAGAUAGACAUACGCUACACAGCUUUUAGUUAAUUAAUCAUAAAGCAGGGAAAUUAGUUGAUAAAGACAGAAUAAGAUCUAAAAUCUCUGCUUCAAUGCGUCAUUGGCUGGAAUUAUUUAAGCUGGAGAUUAGUACAAAAAGAUAAAGUAGCUUCUUAUCUCUGCCUUGGCAGUCAUUCGGUCCGUGCGAACUUGGAAAUGUCAGUUCCAGGGGAAUUGCUUGGGAUCGAGUUUUGCAGGAUUCUAAAGUACACUUCUCUUUUUCUCCUUCAAUCCUUCCCCCACGCCCCUUCCGAGCACGUACAAGCCAAAGACAUGACCAAUCAACAUCCCCCUGGAAGAUUAUAACCAUGGAAGAGUAAGCCACCUGCCCUGGAAAUGAGCGUGGAACCAUGCAAACUCAAUAAACCCAGCUUUAGAAAUGAAGAAAAAAAGAAGAAAGAUUCUGUAUUUUCUUCUGUUCCCUCUUUAAAACCCUGCUUCUCUUCUUUCCCAAAUACAAAACAAUAAGAAAGAACAGAGGAAAAGGAAGUAAUUGAAGUCGAUGGUGAACAUGGUGGAAACGACAUCGGCUUGGAACACGACAGGACUCCACGUGCAUCGGAAGUCGCUGUUGCACAUGAGUUUCUACUGGGGACACAAAUCCGAAAUCCUCUUCUCCGGUUGGCCGGGUUCCAACUCGGGCAUGUACGCGUUGGCCUUGAUGUUCGUGUUCGCCUUGGCAGUGACCGUGGAGUGGCUCUCUUACUGCAGCAUCAUCAAGCCUGGAGCUAACAAGGUCGCCGCUGGGUUCUUUCAGACGGCGAUGCACACGGUGCGUGCAGGGCUGAGCUACAUGGUGAUGCUGGCUGUCAUGUCGUUUAACGGUGGCGUUUUCCUCGCCGCGGUUUUCGGACACGCGGUGGGGUUCUUGGUUUUCGGGAGUCGGGCUUUUAGAAAGUCCGGCGGGUCCGAGAAGAAGCCGGACCUUCCCCCCAGGAAGUAGGAAAAUGCUGUGUUUAAGUGGAAAUUGAGGGGGUAAUUGAUUUUCCAUGUGUUUACUCUUUACUCUCUGUGUGUUUUGAUUGACAGAAGUUAAUCUCUUGUAAUUUGGGUUACUUGUUGUGCAACUUUGAACAACUUCAUAAGAAUUUUGCAUUCAU